AUGGCCGGGCGGACAGCACGGCUGGUGUUGCUGGCUGGCGCAGCCGCGCUAGCAAGCGCCUCUCAGGGCGACCGGGAGCCGGUGUAUCGCGACUGCGUGCACCGGUGCGAGGAGCGGAACUGCUCGGGGGGCGCUCUGAGGCACUUCCGCUCCCGCCAGCCAAUCUACAUGAGCCUAGCAGGCUGGACCUGUCAGGACGACUGUAAGUAUGAGUGUAUGUGGGUCACUGUUGGCCUCUACCUCAAGGAAGGUCACAAAGUGCCUCAGUUCCAUGGCAAGUGGCCUUUCUCCCGGUUCCUGUUCUUCCAAGAGCCAGCUUCUGCCAUGGCCUCGUUCCUCAACGGUUUGGCCAGCCUGGUGAUGCUCUGCCGCUACCACACUUCUGUGCCAGCCUCCUCCCCCAUGUAUCCCACCUGCGUGGCCUUUGCCUGGGUUUCCCUCAAUGCUUGGUUCUGGUCCACAGUCUUCCACACCAAGGACACCGACCUCACAGAGAAAAUGGAUUACUUCUGUGCCUCCACCGUCAUCCUACACUCAAUCUAUCUGUGCUGUGUCAGGACCGUGGGGCUGCAGCACCCGGCUGUGGCCAGUGCCUUCCGGGCCCUCCUGCUGCUAAUGCUGACUGCGCAUGUCUCCUACCUGAGCCUCGUCCAUUUCGACUAUGGCUACAACCUGGCAGCCAAUGUGGCUAUUGGCCUGGUGAACGUGGUGUGGUGGCUGGCCUGGUGCCUGCGAAACCUGCGGCGGCUGCCUCAUGUGCGCAAGUGCAUGGUAGUGGUCCUGCUGCUACAGGGGCUGUCCCUGCUUGAGCUGCUCGACUUCCCACCUUUCUUCUGGGUCCUGGAUGCCCAUGCCAUCUGGCACAUCAGCACCAUCCCGGUCCACGUCCUCUUCUUCAGCUUCCUGGAAGAUGACAGCCUGUAUCUGCUGAAGGAAUCAGAGGCCAAGUUCAAGCUGGAUUGA